AUCAUGACAAGCAAGAUAUUAGCACAUCUUUAAGAAACCAUUUCUGUACAUCACUUUCAUCUUUACCAUCAAUACCCAAUUUGAAAGACUACUUAACUCAACCUUUUGAUAAUAAGAUACCAAUUGAAAGUCAUUGUUAUAAGGAAUGGAAACAAGAGAUUGGUGAUAUGGUGGAUGAGCAUUUCAUUAAUGGUGAUGUUGCAAGAGUUACUG